UGCCCGUGUGUUAUGAUGAGCUGUCGGCCUACAUGUGUAAUCAAAUAACACAGCUGACUGAAACAGACACACCUGUGGCCCCUGCAUGAGAAGCACACAUGCAAAUUAAUGUGUCUGUGUGUGUGUGUGUGUGUGUUUAUUGUUCGUGUAUGUGUGUCCAAUCUUGACGUAUAAAAAGUGGUUUCGUAACAUCUCCAGAUGUGUUUUUUUCCCUGUAAGCCGGGAUUGAGAGAUUUACUUCCUGAUUACAUGGCGUACAUAACACACAUGCUCACACUCAGACACACACACUCACACACACACAGAUGUUACAUUGUCGGUAGUGUAUUACAAUGAGACAAAUAAUGCAAAUGUAUUUCAUGGUUAGUGGUCAGUGGUAUCCUGUUGUUGUAGUACAGGAAGUGUGACAUCAUCGGUUGGCAUAGCACCACAGACGGUCGCCGAAGAAACGAUGAGGAACACAAGAAUUCAGACAGCGUGAUGUGGAUUAGAGACCUGUUUAUGAACUCGAGGGUCCCGGCCAGUAAAAGAUACCAGCCCACUGACUACGAACAUGCUGCCAACUGUGCCACACAUGGGUUGUGGAUCCUCCCCAGUCUUGUGGGGGGGUCUGUGCUCUACUUCCUGUCUGUGGACCAAUGGCAUUGUGUUGCUGCCUGGCUCUACGGGAGCGGUCUCACUGGCCUGUUUGUCACCUCAACUCUCUUCCACACCGCUGCCUGGAAAAUCAGCCACCUCCGGAAGGUGGAGCAGCGUUUCCACAUGUGCGACAGGAUGGCCAUCUACUUCUUCAUAGCUGCCUCCUACUCACCCUGGUUAAUGCUGAGGGAGCUGGGACCCUGGGCGUGCCACAUGCGUUGGCUGAUAUGGGUCAUGGCUUGUGUUGGAUCCAUGUAUGUCUUCCUUUUCCACGAGAGGUACAAGCUGGUCGAGCUGUUUGGAUAUGUGGCCAUGGGGGCUGUUCCUGCUUUGGUCAUCCUGUCUAUGGUGGAGCGAGCAGGCGUGUGUGAGCUAGCAGUGGGAGGAGUCUUCUACGUGGUGGGUGUGGUCUUCUUUAAGAGCGAUGGCCUCGUCCCUUUCGCCCACGCCAUCUGGCAUCUUUUUGUCGCAGCAGGAGCGUGCAUCCAUUACUACGCCAUCUGGAGGUACCUGUACUUACCCGGGCCACUGCUGCAGACGUCAAGGUGACUAGCGGCACUACAACACGCCGACUUAUGAGGCUACACCUCAAGAGAUGCUGCUGAGAUGAUCCAACAGGUUGGAUUAAUCUCCCACCGGUGGGACCAAACACUCUUAGUGAUAAACUACGAAUCACUUCAACAUUUUAAAAGUGAAAUAGGAAGCAGCCCUGGAUAUAUUAUAACAUGUAAUCGCUAAAUGGGGGAUUUCUUUUGCAGAGAGGGCAACAAAGACAGUGCAAGAAAUUUUAGACGACUGAUGUUUGAUUCAAAAACAUUUUGGGAAAUUAAAUUAUUCGCUUUCUUGCCAAGAGCUUCAGAAGAACAUUGACCGUGAAUGGAGUUGGAGACAGGGAUGAGAGAGUGGGGGUUGGGGAUGACAGGCGGCUAAUCACCGUUGGAUGGGAAUUGAACCAAGGGCCGUCCCAAGUUUCAGGGCUACAGCCUCAAGUGAAGUGUGAUUUAACCACUGUGUAAAGCCGGAGGGG